AACAUGGCCAAGCGAGUUGCAAUUGUGGGAGCCGGGGUCAGUGGCCUGGGCUCCAUCAAGUGCUGUCUGGAGGAAGGACUGGAGCCCACCUGCUUUGAGAGGAGCGACAACCUUGGGGGGCUGUGGAGAUUCACUGAACAUGUUGAAGAAGGCAGAGCCAGUAUCUACGAGUCUGUGAUUUCCAACAGCUGCAAGGAGAUGUCUUGUUACUCAGACUUCCCAUUUCCAGAAGAUUAUCCAAACUAUGUGCCAAAUUCUCUAUUCCUGGAGUAUCUCCAAAUGUAUGCAGACCGGUUCAAUCUUCGCAAAUGCAUUCAAUUCAAGACCAAAGUCUGCAGUGUAACAAAGCGCCCAGAUUUUACUGUCUCUGGUCAAUGGGACGUGGUCACUCUGCAUGAAGGGAAGCAAGAGUCAGCCGUCUUUGAUGCUGUCAUGGUCUGCACGGGUUUUCUCACUAGCCCAAAUUUGCCUCUGGACUCCUUUCCAGGUCUAAAUGACUUUAAAGGCCAAUACUUUCAUAGCCGAGAAUAUAAACUUCCAUAUAUAUUCAAGGACAAGAGAGUCCUUGUGAUUGGAAUGGGUAACUCCGGCACAGACAUUGCUGUGGAGGCCAGCCACGUGGCCAAAAAGGUGUUCCUCAGCACAACUGGAGGGGCAUGGGCGAUCAGCCGAGUCUAUGACUCAGGGUACCCAUGGGACAUGGUGUUCGUGACACGAUUUCAGAACAUGGUCAGAAAUUCUCUCCCAACUCCGAUUGUGUCUUGGUUGCUUGAAAGAAAGAUGAACAGCUGGUUCAAUCAUGCAAAUUAUGGCUUAUUUCCGGAAGACAGGGUUCAGCUGAGAGAGCCUGUGAUAAAUGAUGAGCUCCCAGGCCGUAUCAUCACCGGGAAAGUGCUCAUCAAGCCGAGCAUAAAGGAGGUGAAGGGAAACUCGGUCAUAUUUAACAACACCCCAGAAGAAGAGCCCAUUGAUAUCAUCAUCUUUGCCACUGGGUACACUUUUGCUUUCCCCUUCCUUGACGAAUCUGUAGUGAAAGUUGAAGAUGGCCAGGCAUCGCUGUACAAGUAUAUCUUCCCCACGCAUCUGCAAAAGUCAACCCUGGCUGUUAUUGGUUUCAUCAAACCCUUGGGCUCCAUGAUACCCACAGCAGAAAUGCAAGCUCGAUGGGCUGUUCGAGUCCUGAAGGGUGUGAAUACAUUACCACCACCGAGUGUCAUGAUAAAGGAGGUUAAUGCAAGGAAAGAAAACAUGCCCAGUGGGUUUGGCUUGUGCUACUGCAAGGCUUUACAAGCAGAUUAUAUCCGAUACAUGGAUGAGCUCCUGACCUUUAUCAAUGCAAAGCCCAACUUGUUCUCUAUGCUCCUGAUGGAUCCACACCUGGCUUUGACCAUCUUCUUUGGCCCGUGCUCAUCAUACCAGUUCCGCUUGACUGGUCCAGGGAAAUGGGAAGGAGCCAGAAAUGCCAUCAUGACCCAGUGGGAUCGAACAUUCAAGGCCACCAAAACUCGAAUUGUACAAAAACCCCCAACUACCUUUGAAAACUUACUUAAACUCUUUAGCUUUCUGGCUUUGCUCAUAGCCAUUUUCCUGAUUUUCCUGUAAGAAAAGUAUUUCCUACUGGCUUUUCUAGAUGCACAGAGUAGAUUUACAAUCUUAUAGCUCCUCCAUUGCCGCAAUAUCACCUUCGUGGCAAUAAACCAGAUCCAGUUUGCGAAGGCCACCCCUGCCCUUCUCUGGCUGGCUCCAGGUCUACCACUGGCAUUCAUGAGUUCUCCCAGUUCAUCUGUGCCUCAUGCUAGAGGAUGAUAACUGUUUUCUGUGCACUUCAAAGAUUCUGGAAGGUUCCAAGUUUACUGUAGAAGACAGAGCUGUUCUGGUGCUCUACCUCUUUCUCAU